UGGGAGAGAGGGAGAGAGUCACAUGCAGAGAGGAGCAAGGAAGAGAGACAGAGCAGAAGAGAGCUGUCAAGCUGCGAGGAGGCAGUGGAGAGACAUCGUUUUUUUCUCUUCUUCCCUGGAAUACAUUCUCACCACAUCUCUGACACCCACAGACACACGCGCACAACUCAAAGAUAGAAGCCCACAGAUGGUGCUGCUACACUCUUAUAUGUGGCGCUAAAUUAUUUUCAUGACUUGGACUCUCGCCCUGCACACUGGGACUAUUUAAACCAGCAUCUUCGUGACUUGGACUCAUAUUUCAAUUGGAUUUAUUUAUAUAUAUUAAUACUGUAUAUAUAUUUAUUUUUUAACAGUGCACCACUUUGAUGCUGCGGCGAGUGCACCUGAACACACUGCCACUAACACUAAGAGAGUUUGGGCACUUGUAAAUUGCUUGAAUUGGUCUGAUCUGGUGUGACUUAGUGGGUGUGAGGAGGAAGAUGAGUGGACCGGCAACAGCAGUGCUUCUUAUCCACCUCGGAGCCACCUUAACAGGGGCCUGGAAAGCAUCUCAGCCACGACUGCAGUUCACACACUCUGAACUGAUCCAGAAUGGACGCCUGCUAACGCUGCCCCUGGAGGCGGGAGACCUGUACUCCCUGCUGCCUGAUGACGAUAUGAUGCAUCUAUAUGUGGCCAUGAAAGAUAACCUGCUGUCAACCAGCAUGGAUGACAUUACACAGAACCCUCGCAAGUUGCAUUGGCCUGCCAGUCCGGAACGGGUCCAAGAAUGUCUAAUGGCUGGAAAGGAUCCAGAGACGGAGUGUGCUAACUUCCUACGGGUCCUGCAGCCUUUCAACAAGACUCACCUGUACGUGUGUGGCACAGGGGCCUUCAACCCCAGGUGUGCUUUCAUAGCUACCAGCGUCUUCCAACAGUCAGGACACCAGACACUCUCCUACAGCCAGACUGAAUGUGGGAAGGGCAAAUGUCCAUACGACCCCUUUCAGAAAACAGCAUCAGCAGUUGUAGAUGGAGAACUGUAUGCUGGCAUUACUUCAGAUUUUAUGAGCAGAGACUCUGCCUUCUUCCGUAGUCUUGGCAACCGCCACGUCAUCCGCACCGAGCAGUACGACUCCACCUGGCUGCAGGAUGCCCAUUUUGUGCGGGUCGCGCCGCUGUCUGAAACAGAUAAUCCAGAAGACGAUAAAGUCUACGUGUUCUUCACCGAGCGCGCUCAGGAGGCCGAGGGGGCCGCUGGAAAGGUGCUCUACUCCAGAGUGGCCCGGGUGUGCAAGAAUGACAUCGGGGGCCAGAGGAGUUUGGUCAACAAGUGGAGCACCUUCCAGAAGGCUCGUUUGGUGUGCUCAGUCCCGGGACCAGAUGGCCUGCAGACACACUUUGACCAAUUGCAGGAUGUCUUCAUCCUCCAUGGCAAAGACAAGAAGAACCCACUCAUCUACGGCCUGUUCACCACUUCAAGCGAUAUCCUCAAUGGCUCGGCCGUGUGUGUUUACCGAAUGGAGGAUGUAGUUCGGGUUUUUAAAGGAAACUUUCUGCACAAAGAGGGGCCGCAGUAUAAGUGGGCAGAGUUUACUGGCAAGGUGCCCUACCCGCGUCCUGGAACUUGUCCCAGCAGCACAUAUGGAAGCUACAGCUCCACCAGAGAAUAUCCUGAUGAUGUCAUCUUCUUCAGCAGGACUCACCCGCUACUGGAGGAAAAUGUGCUGCCCUUGGGAGAGCGGCCCCUCCUUGUCAGAGUGGGUGUUCACUACAAGUUCAGCAAACUGCUGGUGGACAGAGUAGAAGCUGUUGACAGCACUUAUGAUGUCCUCUUCAUCGGCACAGACUCUGGCCUGGUGUUGAAGGCCAUCCAUCUGCCCAGAGAACACGGUCCAAGUCAGGAAGUGACGUUGGAGCAGCUGGACGUCUUCCAGCACAAAUCACCAGUGACUGUGAUGGCACUCUCCAAGAAAAAGCAGUGGUUGUUUGUGGGCUCCAGGGAAGGGGUCUCCCAGCUGGGUCUCUACCAGUGUGAGCUAUACGGAGAAGCCUGUGCCGAGUGCUGCCUGGCCAGAGACCCGUACUGCACGUGGGACGGACAUGCCUGCAGCCCCUACAUGCCCACUGUGCGAAGGAGGAAUGCUCGACAUCUGGGCGAGGAUGAGGAUCCAUUGACUCAAUGUGUCAGACAAGGAGCCGGCCUGCAGGUGGAGGCCGAGCAGAGGUUGAUGAUGGUUGCUGAGGGCAACAGCACCUACUUAGAGUGUCUUCCACGAUCCAGACACGCUGCUGUUACAUGGUACAAGCAAGCCGGAGAGAACAGCCCUGAAUUAAACGAGGUGCUGUCAGGUGAGCAGGUGGUGGUGAUCGAGCGAGGUGUCCUCAUCCGUCGCGCCGAGCUGUCUCACGGCGGCGUCUACCAUUGCCAAGUGGAGGAGCACGGCUACCACUGGACCGCCGUCACCGUCCACCUGGCGGUCUGGAGUCCCUCGUCCGAGCGACUGACGACGACUUGGUCCGCCUCCUCGCAUCAGCCUUGGUACUCCGACUCCAUGACGCUGGUUCACCCGAGGAACCUGGGCCAGCACUGUCGCGCUCUCGGGUACCGCCCGCCUCGCAACCGCCGUCGCCAUAGCGACCUGGUGGCGAAGGCCGCCAAGGAGAAGGAGAGGGCAGAGAGACACAAGCACGGAGGAGAAAGAGGAGGAGGAGGGGGUGGAGGAGGGAGGGCGGCAGGUAGGAAGAGCAGGAGCAAGCCGCAGCAGAGAGCGCCGAGGAGUGCUUGAAUGUGUCGCAGAGGGACGCACAUAUGCAUGUCCACACACAAACAUUGUACAGGGUGGGCCAAAAUUCAUGACUCACUUAAUUGUAGAUAUGAAACAAGUAAAGGAGUAUCAUACCAUAUACAGGCGUGAAUCCGUUAAUCAAACGAAGGAUAUGAGAGCACAGUUGGAUAUCAUCGAGCAAGGGUUAAAGAAGUCCUUCAAAUGUUCAGAUCAACUGAUAAACGUCUUGAUGUUUUCGUGGAGAUUUGUCCUACUCAGUUCUCAAGUGUUCUUUAUCUUCAUUCGAACAGAUCUUGGCCGUCCUGUUAUUUUGGGGUCCACAAAAGUACCUGUUUUGUCAAAUAACUUGUAAGUCCCAGCAACAAUCUUUCUCAUGGGUGCUGGUGGCCUAUAAAGUUGCAUCCAUUUCUCUACAAAUUUCAGUGUCAUCUGUUUUAGAAACCUAAUCACACAUGAACACAUUUCUCAAAGCUUAGCCAUAGCGAAUCAAAUUCAGUUUUUUUUUAAAUUAAACAAGCUGCUAAGCCCAUUAUGAAGUAAAACACUAAAAUAACACUAAAAAAAAUCUUAUUUAGAAAUAUGACUACCAAGUCCGACAUUAAUUCUUGCCCACUCUGUACAUAGGCAAAGACAUUCGCAUGCACUUACUGUCUUUAAAAAAGGCAUUCUUCUUUUUAUUCCACUUUAGUCACAAACGUCUGAAGUGAGCUACACAACAAUAACAAGACAUUUGUCCAGAAGUGUUAUUGACUGUUUUGGAACAAAAGAAGUAAUCAGGUGGGAUACUUUGGAUGGCAUCAGCAGCAUGUCUCCAUCAAACUUUGACUGAAUAGGGAGUCUUGUACACAAAGUAAAUAUUCCACAUGUAAAAAAAGGUUUGCUCCUCAAGGAUCCGUUUUUGUGCUCGUGCAUGUUCCCAGCUACGUCAGUCACAAUCGUCGUGGAAAGCCGUAAUUAGCAUGAUCAAAUACACUACUCACAAAAAGAAGAGGUACUCGGCUUUGUGGUGAAAUUUUAGGACGAAUUUAAAAUGCACUCAUACAUAGAUAGGUGAACUUAAUUUGACCUCUAAAGUUUUAAAUGCACAUCCAACUGUUAAAUGUUUCAAUACGUUUUGCAUAACGUUUAUCUAACAAGUAGCUGAAUGGCAAAAUUCACAGCAGGCAUUUGAUCCAUGAAUUGAGCAAUAUAUUUUUAAGGACUUUUCAAAAGUUCAGAGAAGGUCAAAUUAAUUUCACUUGUAAAGGUUAUAGUUUAUAUUAGGUUCCUCUUGAAAUUUUACCUGAAAGCUGAAUAUCCCUAACUUCUUGUGAGUGGUGUAUAUAGUGUACAAUGCUAUACUCAGGUUCACAGUAAACAACACUGCUUCUUACUGCUUUUUUUUGGGGGGGGGGAGGGGGGGGGGUAUUUUCAAAGUGAACUCAACUCUUGUGGACAAUUGAUUUUUCAUCAUAAAUGGAGGAUCCAGAAGGUAAAUACUUUACAUAGAUGUGAAAUCACUGAUUUGACGUCAAUCAAAUUAAGGACACACUAUCACAUCAUAAAGACUGCAAAGGAGCAACAUUUAUUCCGGGACGCUGGUCAACUUCCCAUUUGUUUGACGCAUUUUAUUGAAUGAAUUUCCCCCGUAGGAAGUAAUGCAGAUAAUCUUUUCCAGGGGUCAAACUAUCACUAUCCUAAAACCUCUAACUGUACAAGCAUUUUUUUUUUACGUGUUAACAAUCUUCACUGUAUAAAAUAAAAGCUAAGCAUUAAAACAGUCAUUUGUGUGAUGUACGUGCAGAAUUAGAUGACUGCAUGUUCUUGGGAGAUCAAUCAUAAAAAUCCAGCUCUCUGAUGUACAUUUCCUUCUUCUGUAUUAUGAGCUGUAUUGUACUGAGCAGCCAGGACAUUUGUUUUUCACUGGUACCCUUCUGUGGUGGUCACAAAAAGGCAACGUAAACGCAAAACACAUGUGAAGUUUCAUCCUGAAGAGGCUCAAUUCGAUUUCCCAAAAAUGGUGGUUGAACUGUAAAUAUCGCUCCUUUUGAAUCAUUUUUAGGGGGGGUUGCUGCUACACUCAAUAUGUUCACACACUCAUUUAAGUGAACUUUGAUAGUAUUAAGAGUCGCAAUCCGGGUUAUAAAUUCUUCUAGCUAACCACACAGGGAUCCAUGAUUGUUUUUAAAUCGUAUAUUGGAAUGUGUGUUUGGAGUUUUAGUGUGCAGACUUAAGAGCUGCGUCGCAAAGAGACAGUGGGCAAAGUUCCAUCCAACAUGGAUGACUUUUGAAGAGGACGCAAAGUGGACUGUUAGUUUUUGUUGUUGUUUUUUGUUUGUUUGUUUGUUUGUUUGUUUUGUGUUUGACACAUUUUGGAAAAGUCCCAGCAGAUGAGCAACAAAUCGUUGGUGAUCCAAUGUACAUUUUGUAAAAUAAAGCAAGUCUUGUGAUGGAACCCAGGGACGUUGUGGACAAAAAUCGGAGUUUUGACAAUUUAAAAAAGUGUUAGAACAACAAAACUGUUUCACUUGAUUUUUCUCUCUCAGCAUAUUUAUUUCCCUCACAUGUUGUGUGCUCUCACUUUUAGGAAAUGUUUCCAGCCCUUAAUGAACUGGAAACAUUUUCAACUCAAAAGCACUGUGUGUUCCUUUAUAAAAGCUGAAAGACAUAAGAUUUUUUCCCCCACUUGUUGACAAUCUGUUUCCUCUUUAGAUGAGUCUGCAGGCAUAAUGCAUUCAUUGGACCAUGCAGAGAACAUUUGGUCAGUUGAUUAAUAAACAGCAAUGUUUUGAAAAGACAGUUAAUGAGUUGUGCAUUUACAGUAAAAGAACUAAACGUGUCGUCCAAAGCUGAAUGGAUUCAGAUUGGAUUGCUCUGAGGUGACGCGUGGGAACAAUAUUGAGUGACUUCCACUCAAGUCGAUGCCACAGGUCUCACUGCAAGGCAAUGUAACCACGGGAUUUAUCCUGGUCAAUCAGCCAUGUCGAUUUAAUGAAAAAAACGUACUGCAUUUGGCCUGCGAUCAGUCCAGGGUGUAUACCGCCUCUUGCCCAUCAACUGGGAUAGGUUCCAACUCAUCUGAGACCCUAAUGAGGACAAGCGGCAUAGAAAAUGGAUUGAUGGACAUAUGUAUGGGCAUAUCUCGUACAUGCAUCACUCCUUCACAAACUCUACCAACCAAACAGAUCGAAUGUACCAUUAUAUCUGUCGGGUAAGAAGUGAAAAGCUUCACUGUAUUGUUAUUGAUUGAUUGGUAGUUUGCCUGUCUGUAUUUUAGUUAGCAGGCUACUUUUUGGUAAUGGAAUAAACGGUGCAAGACUACUUUUUGCAUUCUGCGGCGGAUAAUUCUUGUACAUGUGCUGUACCUCAUGUUUUCAAACUUGCCAAACGGAGUAUUGAUGAGUAAACUAUUAAACAAAAUAAAGCAAGCGAGUCACACCCAGCAAUUGAGACAAUGAAGAA